AUGGAUGGUCACAAGUUGCGCACAAGGUUGAGCUUCGGUGCUCCUCUCCCUCCCGCCUUCAAGAAGCCCUCCGCCCGUACCCUCCGCCACCAGCGCAUCACGGGCCAAAUCCACCCGCUCCUCCCAGCCAAGACAUUCCGCCCGGGCGCCGCCGUCUCCGAUGACUUCCUGUCGACCAAGCGCGACAAGCGCCUGAUCAAGCACUCGUCGUUCGUAUCCAAGAUUUCCUCGUCGGGCAUCACAAAGACGAAGCGCCGCCGUCCUAGCAAGAAGCUCGCGACCACCCUCGAUGGCCUCGCCGACGCCCUACCGGAGCUCGCUGAGGGCGAGGGCCAGGCCGAACUAGCGGGAAAGAUCAAGCACAAGAGUUUGCGGAGUCGCAAGGGUGCGCUGAAGCGGAAGGAGAAGGUCGUCCGGGGCGAGAUGGACCGUUUCGGCGUGAGCAUGGCCAAACUUGCGGCCGCGCCUGGGGCUCAGCAGACACAGCCACCUGCCGGACUGCAGCGGGGUGAGGACGACGAUGAAGACGAUAUGGAUGAUGGGCAGAAUAAGGCGGUUGAUACUGCACCUGCCCCAGCACCAGCGGCCACUGCGAAUCGGUGGGCGGCGCUGAGGGGAUACAUAUCUGCCACCAUGGAGCAGAACCCGGCGUUUGUGGGCCAGAACUAA